CGUUUGACCAUGGGUGUUUCAACCGUUACCUUUCUGGUAGCUGUCCAUCUCACCCUCAUACCCCUGACUACCCAGUCAUGCACUAGAGGCCUACCCCGUGAGUGCAAAGAGGCUGAGUUUGCCCCAGGAUCCAACCUGGCCGGAGAGGGCUUUGACAUCACCAAGAUGCAGCGCAAGGGAGCCUUCGUCAUUGACAUGAACCUAUGGAGGCGGGAGAAUAACACCUGCAUGCUGUGCAGGAACCCGUAUCAAGAGGGGAAGAUGCAGAAAGUCCCACUACCUGUGGUGGACUGGAGAGCCAGUCAUAAAUGCGACAUUAAGGUUGCCAGCUCACAGUACCAGUCCAGUGAGUCCCUGGUCAAAGCCAGUACCUCCAGUGUGGAGAACAACUGGAAAGCUGAUUUAAAAGUAGAGACCAAAAUGAGAGCUGGAUCCUUAAUGCUGGCUGGAAGCCAGUCCAAAUUGGCUGAGUACUCCAUGGAAAAAACAAAAAAGGACAAAUUUACCUUCUUGAACCAUAAGAUGGUCUGUAGUUACUACAGCUACAGGCUUUCCAACCAGCCCCGUCUCCACCCAGAGUUUCAGCGCGCCAUUAAUCAACUUCCAAAGAAAUACAGCAGUGUGAACAAGCAGCGUUUCUACAAGCUUAUCAACAACUAUGGCACUCAUUACAUGACAAAGGUGACUCUGGGCGGGAUGGUGCAGUCGGUGACCAGCAUCAGGCAGUGCAUGGCCUCUUUACAGGGCCUGUCCUCAGACGAGAUCAAGAUGUGUCUGGAUGUGGAAGCCUCAGCCAGCGUGGGAGACAAAGUCAAGUCAGGGGCAGAGAUGAAGCACUGUCAGGAGGCAAAAAAGAAGACAGAGGGCAAGAACAGUUUCUCCAGCAGCUUCAGUGACAGGCUCACAGAGAUCUUUGGUGGCCACACCACCGAGCCUGAGCUUCUCUUCUCUGCAGACAAAGACCCGGCUGCUUACAAGGAGUGGCUCUCCUCCCUGCCACUCAACCCAGAUGUGAUCUCCUAUUCACUGGAUCCCCUCCAUGAGUUGCUGCCCCCCAACCUUCCACUGAGGAAACAGCUACGCAAAGCAAUUAGACAUUAUGUUCUAGAGAGAGGACUCUGGCAAAACUGCACUGAGCCCUGCAAGUCUGGCAUCAAAAGAAACGCAAAGGAGCCCUGUAUGUGCAGUUGCCAUGGUGCUCCUGGUGUAGGAAGUGACUGUUGUCCCACUAAACUCGGUCUUGCUCGGGUCAUCAUCACUGCGGUGAAGGCCACUGGUUUGUGGGGCGACACCACCUCACGUACAGAUGCCUACGUGAAGGUGUUCAGCUCUCAGAACUUGCGACUCGAAAGAACCCAUGUGAUUUGGAACAACAACUCACCUUGGUGGAACUCGGCCUUUGACAUCGGUGAUGUCCUUCUCUCUCAGACCAGGACGGUGAAGUUUGAGGUAUGGGACGAGGACAGCGGGUGGGAUGACGACCUGCUCGGAACAUGCACCGUGGACCUCAAGGAAGGGACAAAAGAGGGUGUGUGUCGCCUGAACCACGGGAUGCUCUUCUACAAGCUCCAAGUGACCUGUGGCCCAAGCCUGAGCGGCCCGUCCUGUUCUGAGUAUGUGAGCUCUCCCAUGAACGGUCACCUGGAGAGGCUGUAUGUGUCUCGCCAUUCCCGGCCCAUACCAAAGGACAUGCUCAUAAAAAUGGGAGUGUUUGGGGAUGAACACCCUACGCAUUUCAAUCUUACUAAUCCAAACUGAAGUUUUCUCUUUUUUUUUUUAUGUCUCAGAAAGGAUUGAUAUUUAUCUAUCCUACAUUAUAUUUACUUUUAUUCACUGGGUAAAAGCUUUUUUCCAAAGCCACUUAUAACAAUCAAGCUACUGAAAGUUAGGAGAUCUUUCCAGAUGUGAGAAGGGGAAAUUCCCCCUUCUCACCGCUUCGCACUCCCACCAGAAUGGAGUCUGAUUCGUGUUGCCCAACACGAGCGGGAGAGAAAAUUUGACGCACACACACUGUUCGUGGGGUGGCCGCCUUGGUCCCUCACACCAGAGUAAGCACAAAGUAUUAAUUCUAGCCAAUCUAGUAAAAAGAGCAAAAGAAAGCCGAUGGAACAGAUGUGAAUGAUAUGGUAUGGUCAAUUAGUGAUUGUAUGGUAUGUCAAUUAUUGUGCAAUAUUCUUCAACCUCUUUUUAUCUCUGAAGUCUUGUAGUUUCUGCUUCAUUAUGCAUUACAAUAAACAUUUUACUGGCACAACAAGAAUCUGUUAUUUUGUUAUCGUAUUAAGUGUACAUUUUUUUAAAGAUUAAUAACUGCUGCAUGGGUUAAUAAUGAGAUAUGGGCUAAGAGAGGAUUUCCCUAAUGACUGUGUGUGUGUGUGUGUGUGUGUGUGUGUGUGUGUG